AAGAUGUCUCUCAGGACAAGAAGCAAUAGAGCCACCACCGUGGCCGAAACUCCGGCGACAGAGGCAAGGGUCAGCAGCUCAUCGGGCAGUGAAAAGGAACCACCAUCUUCGCCUUCUUCUCUGCGACCGCGGUUGCAAAGAACUAUUUCUCAGACUCUAACAGGGACAGCAAAAUUGACAAACCUCCUCCCUACAGGAACUCUUAUGGCCUUUCAACUUCUUAUCCCAAUCUUCACCAACAAUGGCUUCUGUGACUCUUUAACAAGCCAUUUGACAUUACUAUUGUUAAUGUUACUCUCUCUAUCUUGCUUCCUUGCAUGCUUCGCAGACAGUUUUAAAUCAUUAGAUGGGCAAGUUUAUUAUGGCAUUGCUACAUCAAAAGGGAUGUGGCUAUUUGACUAUCAACCAGAGGCUACAACAGGUUCUAAUGCUCUUCCUGAUCUCAGUAAGUAUAAGUUGAGGCCUGUAGACUUUGCUCAUGGGGUCUUAACAGUCUUGGUAUUCUUUUCAAUUGCCUUAAGAGACAGGAAUGUGUUGAGUUGCUUCUACCCUCAGCCAAAACAUGAGAUGCAGCAGCUUCUUGACAUUGUCCCUGUUGGAGUAGGGCUUCUCUGCAGUUUGUUGUUCAUGGUUUUCCCCACAAGAAGACAUGCUAUAGGGUACCCUAAUUAUCCUACUGGAACUUGAUUGAUUGAUUCUACAGAUCUAGAUAGG